AUAGUUGUUGCUCGAGGAAAAGGAAUUAAAAUGGAGCUGAACUCUGAGGCACCAGUUGAGCAGAAGAAGGAGAUAACAAGUUUGGACGAUGCCAACAAGAAACCACCCGAUAAUAAAAACGAACUGGAAGACGAACUGGAGGAUGGUGAGAUUUAUGAUAGCGACUAUAGCAAUCCGGAGAAAGCUCCCAUUUGCCCGUUCUAUCGGAGAAACAUCUGCACGUGGGGCAGCAGUUGCCGUUACAGGCAUCUGGGUUGCAUGAAUAUGGGCAACUAUGUGAUGUUUGACAACGUUAACCCACUGGUACUGCCAACGCCUCCAAGUCGGGUAGUCGAGAACAGCAAUCCCGUCAACCACAAAACUGAAAUUGAGCGCUCCUUUAACACCAGUUUGCAGGAGCACAGGCAAAUGAUGCGAGAUUCUGGCUAUAAUUUAAGCAAGCCGAAGCCGCGGCGUCGCAGUCGUAAACCCUGGCUUAAGGUCGAAGUUCGUGACACGCAUCGGUCUGAGCGUUUGGAUAAACGCUUGCCAAAACUUCAUGGAUCCACUCCUUACAGGCCAUAUCAACUUUCGCCUAAAGCGCCAGACAGAAUAGUGACCGUAUGUCGCAGGAGAUCCUCAAGCAGCAGCAGCAGCACCACCACAGAUGAUUACACAUCUACAACAAAUUCGAGUAGUUCGUCAGGUGCGAGUCAUCCACAAGGUUCAAAGGCGUCUCGGACACCCCUCAACUCUGCCCGUCCGUCCCGUAUGAAGAAUGUGCAGCGAGCACCGAGAAAGGCUCGUUAUCUUAGCAGCAGCUCGGACUCGAGCAGUGAUACUAGCUGUGAUUUCAGUACACACAGCUCGGAGCUAAGAUCAUCCGACAGCUAUAAUCCAAGGCGUUACUCGCGAGGCCGUUAUAAGAGUCGCAGCCGAUCUACUUGCAAUAAUAAUUACCAAAAGAAAGGCUCAGACUCAGACCUCACGACCCAUACAUAA